UCAAUUCCUAUCGACCUCUUUGAAACUGUGCUAGAUAAGGCCAACCAAGAAUUAAAAAUGGCCUACGGAAGAAGAAGCACAACAACCUCAAUCUUAGAGGUUUUUUCUCUAAAUCCUUUGCCAUACCCAGUUCUUCUAAUUCUAGCAGUGACUUCAAUAUUUCUAGGCAUAUCAUGGUACAUGUCCCUUGAGUCUACCGUCGAAACUGCUGGACAAGAAAUAAGUUGGGUACUAUUUGUCGUGCCUAUUUUGCUACUAUUAAUCGCUCGUUGGGUGUCAACUAUGGAAUAUCCAGGCGAUCUCUUUGGCAUGUCACCAUGGGAUCGGCGCCGCCGGACCCACCAUAUUCCGUCCGAGGGGAGCUCUCCAUGGGGUGUAGCUGCUGUGAUUGUGCUCUUGCUUGUUUUGUUGCAGUACCAAUCUAUCUUCCGUGAUAGUUGGUUGAUAUAAAUAUUUAUACUUUACUAUGCAUAUCAUAUCAUAUCAUAUCAUAUAUAUUAAUAUUGUGAAUAUUCUUUUUUUGAUUUUAUAGUUUGUUUGUCACGGAUGUUUUAUAUAAAUAUUUGUUUCUAUUUUUGGUUUUAUAAGAA